CCAUUGCCAUUUAUCUCGGGGCAGUUUAGGUUGAAUCUCUCGGUCGUCCGGUUCUCGGUCCGUGUCUCGUGUCCCGACCGAACGGGGGGCAACAUUACAAAACGGGAUUGCCCUUGUGCAAGAUGACACAUUGCUGGUUGCGCCUGGUGACAGCAAGUGGAUGCUGUGCGGAUCUUCGUCGAAUCUGAGGAAAAGCCAAACAUUUACUACCUUUUUUUUGUUGUUGAGGGGUAGCCAACGCUAGGCGAGAGAGAUUUACGAGUGGGCAAGGUGACUAGAACAACAAAAUAAUAAGCCGCGAAGAAGAGUUAGUGGUCGAUUGGCGAAAAGAAAAUCUCCGUGCGAAGGCGCUACCGUGGAAAGUGGAGUUGACUUUGAAGCUAAAGGGAAGAUCAAAAUAGGUGCAUUUGCUUGAGAAUUAUUCAAAGUAUAGUUCUGAAUUAUUGAGUGAAAAAACGUGUUUAAACAACUGAAAUAGUUAGUCGUCGAUAUCAGGUCCAGUUAAUAUAAAGCUUGGUUUAAUCCAUCAAACGAAAUAUUGGACAGUUAUUUCAGAAAUGACACCUAAAUAAGGAUCGGUCUGCUCCACCGCGUUGAAGACCUAAUUUCACUACAGGACAGUCACCACUAAAAGGACAGCAAUCAGUGUUCCCCCAGCCGAGAAGUGGUUCAGGAGAGUAACCAGCGGCAGGGAGCCACGCUAUGUACGGGCUGCUGCUGGAAAAUCUGUCCGAGUAUAUCAAAAGCGUGUACGGGGAGGAAAAGUGGGAUGACAUCCGCCGCCAGACCGGAAUCUCGUCGCCGUCGUUCGGCGUCCACGAUGACUACGACGAGAACCUGCUCAACACACUGGCCGGGAAGGCGCAGGAGAUUCUCGGCGUGUCGGAGCGCGAAUUCAUGGACCAGAUGGGCGUGUACUUUGUGGCCUUCGUCAGCCAGUACGGGUACGACCGGGUGCUGUCGGUGCUGGGCCGCCACAUGCGUGACUUCUUGAAUGGGCUCGAUAAUUUGCACGAGUACCUCAAGUUCUCGUACCCGCUGAUGCGCGCCCCGAGCUUCAUCUGCGAGAACGAGACGCGGCACGGCCUGACGCUGCACUACCGCACGAAACGCAAGGGCUUCGUCUACUACACAAUGGGACAAAUCAGAGAGGUGGCUCGUCACUUUUACCACAAAGAGAUGCAAAUUGCCCUGGUCAAGUCGGACCUGCUGGGCGAAACCAACCACUACACGUUCCAGCUGACGUUCGACAACCGAGCCUUCUCGCUGGCAACACUGGCGAUGACCCGGGAGGAGAAGCACUUGCCCAUCAGUGCCUCGGUGCUGUUUGAGAUUUUCCCGUUCUGCAUCGUCUUUGGCGCCGACAUGGUCGUCCGCAGCAUAGGCAACUCGUUGAUGGUCAUCGUUCCGGACCUGCUGUCGAACAAGAUCACCGACUGGUUCGAGCUGCGACGGCCGCUGAUUUCGUUCAAAUUUCAAACGAUUCUCAACCGCACAAACAACAUUUUCGAGCUAGUCACCGUCGAGGCAGUCAAGAAGCGGCAGGACGUCCAACGUAAGACUGAAAUCUACCUUAGUGAGCAGGAGCACGAGGAAGAGGUAGAGAAACACUUGCGGCUCAAAGGUCAAAUGAUCUACAUGGAAAAGUGGCGAAUGAUCAUGUUUCUGGGAACACCGGUCAUGCCGAAGCUGUCCUCGUUGAUCAACACCGGGCUGUACAUAAACGAUCUGUCGAUGCACGACUUCAGCAGAGAUCUCAUGCUGGCGGGUACGCAGCAGUCGGUCGAGCUGAAGCUGGCGCUGGACCAGGAGCAGCAAAAGUCCAAGAAGCUGGAGGAAUCGAUGCGCAAGCUGGACGAGGAGAUGCGCCGCACGGACGAGCUGCUGUACCAGAUGAUACCGAAGCAGGUGGCGGACCGGCUGCGGCGCGGCGAGAACCCCAUCGAUACGUGCGAGAUGUUCAACAGCGUUUCGAUUCUGUUCUCGGACGUGGUCACGUUCACCGAGAUCUGCAGCCGGAUCACGCCGAUGGAGGUCGUCUCGAUGUUGAAUGCUAUGUAUUCGAUCUUCGAUACGCUCACGGAGCGGAACAAUGUAUAUAAGGUUGAAACGAUAGGUGAUGCGUACAUGGUGGUUUCGGGUGCUCCUGAAAAGGAACAAAACCACGCUGAGAAAGUAUGUGAUAUGGCCUUGGAUAUGAUCGAGGCAAUUACGGAUCUAAAGGACCCUUCGACUGGAUCGCAUCUGCGGAUACGAGUCGGUGUUCACUCUGGUGCUGUGGUGGCUGGCAUCGUUGGGCUGAAGAUGCCACGCUACUGUCUGUUUGGUGACUCGGUCAACACGGCCUCCCGGAUGGAGUCUACCAGUCAGGCGAUGAAAAUUCACAUAUCACAAUCAACGCGAAAUGCGUUGCCCUCGAACUAUCACGUGUCCGAGCGUGGCGAGAUCGACGUCAAGGGCAAGGGCACGAUGAAGACGUACUGGUUGGACUGCAAGGAAGAUCGACCGCCGCUGCAGCUUCUGGCCGAGGAGGUGCGAAAGCCGUCGAUCGAGUACAUCGAAACGAGCAAGGACCGGCGAAUGAGCCUGUCGACGUACAGCAUCCAGCACAAGCAGUCCAGCGGAGGGCUCAGCUCGGCGGGAACCGAGGACCGGCGGGUGUACUCACCGGUGACGUUUGAGGAUGUGGCCCGGCGAAGUACGGCCAACUCGCCGGUGAAGCUGCACAGUUUUGGGCCUCGUGGCCGCGAGAGCCGGUCCAACUCCACCGGACAUGCCUUCAUGCACAACGUUUCCGAUGUGUUUGGCUCGUUGGUCAGCGACACGGAAGAGUUUCUCGAGGAUCUGCACCAUCGGAACUCGAUCACCACUACGCACUACACGCCGUCGACUCCGUCCUCGUGUGCAUUCAGUCCCCCGCCAGCAUUCCGGCGAAAGUCGAAAUCGUAUGUUCCUGGUCAGUUCAGCGAAGAGGAGCUGGAUCUUCUCUCGAACCAGACCACUUCGCCCUCGGCACAAAGUUCGAUCGAACAGCCAGAACUAACCAAGAAGUCGAUCUUGAUCGGCAAAUCCCAAACCUACGAGCAGCAGAAGGCCAAAAGCAGGAAGGCGAAGCUGGAAAGCGCCCAACAGAAGCAGAACGAAGCCCUGCAGAAGCUCGACAAGAUGGUCCAGGAGAUCUACGAAACCGAACUGCCGGGGAUGUGCUUCAUGAAUCCACCCGCCUCCCGGUCGGAUGGUAACAUUUGCAAGUCCAACUGUAGUAGAUCCUCCCAGGCACCACUCAAGGUCACCCCAGCGGCGGCGGCGGCAGCUUCUGCUCAGCAGCAGUCGAGCUGUGAGCACGCUGCGGCAGCUGCCCGGACCUGCCACAGCUGUGGAGGUGCUGCUGCUCCGGAAGCUGCCGGAACGGCGGCCCUCGUCGGAGGCACCGGCAAGGUUCCGCAGAGCAUUAGCUUUAGCCACGCCAAGGAGCACAAGUGCUGCCCGGGGUAUGCGGCCGCCGCGGCCAUGGCCCACCAUCACCACCACCAGAACGGGCGCCACCACAAAGUGCACUCGAACGCUUGUCAGAUUCUCUAGUUUGGGCGGGGGGGUUGGUUAACGCUUAGUUUAGCAUUAGUUUUGGGUGCUGUAGAGCGUGUGAGAGCGAGCAAGUCCCGCGGAAGGCUGGUCCUCGAAAGCUUUGAGUAGUUAUUCUUGGUUCGAAGCAACCAAGUCGACAGUCGCGAAUGACAUUUUGUUAACAGAUGCCGAUUGUCGAGUUGGGUGUACAUUUGUUCCGAGAUAGAAUCGUGUGUGAUUGGUUCAUAGCGUGCGGUAGACAGUCCUCUGCCGGUCGACUUUACAGGUAGGAGUAUCACGUGUGAUGUAUCGGCUGGAUCCUAGAACGUCACAUUUUGUAGUUUUUGAGCUUUAGUAGUUUGGAGUAGAUUUUGCACCAUUUAACUAAUUACCGCUGGACUCAAUUUUCUACACUUGAACUUUCAAUGGUAUACCAUAAGAUACUGGUCAUCUGGGUAAAUGGAAGCUUAUCUCAAAGUAUAAAAGCUAUUUGUCUUUUAUUCACCUGCGUACAUCCGAGUGUAACAAAAAUUACUGUUGGGCUAACUUAAUCCAAAUUCCAAAUACGUAUGAGGUUGAUUGGAUGUAACAGAACUUGGCCCAUCGCUCUUGAAUCAUAGUUAAACGGGAUUCAACUAAAGGCAACAUUUACAAGCUAGUAGAAAGUCUCAGUAACAACGCCCGUAUACCUACCAAUGGUCGCUUUCUCGAUUGAAUGAAACACUCCAGCGCAUGACCGCUUUGAAGCUUGGACCAUUUCGCAAAUAAUUCCACUAAUUUUACCACCAUCUAGGGCCUCCAGGAGUCGGCUCAAACGAUCCGCGCGACUUCCGCUGCGACAAACCGUUCACAGACAAACGCGCAUCGACCUCUCGCCGAUCGUUUCACCCGAGAUGGACACAUUUUAGUCAUGCACAAGAGGUGGCAGAGGACGAGUCAAGCCGUGCGGUGUUUAGAUUAUGUUUAUUUAUUUGAGUUUAUGGUUCGUGUACCAUUUCGAGUGUUCUAGUUAGUUGAAAUUUUUGGGCGGAUUGCACUUCACGAGAAAAUUGCUUUGUUCUAGGCGGGUGAAAUCUAGGGAGAUGUUGAGAGACAGUGAAGUGGUCACCCCUGAAAGUAUGUUUAAAAUUGUAAGACUUUUAGCAUGUAAGCUGUGCGUGUAUGUUUGUAAAUGUUGUUUGUGUAUAAUCCAAGUUAUUUUAAGCGUUACGUGAAAUUUGACCAAAGAGAAACGUUUGAGGUGAUUUCGAGUAGAGUAAUGGAGGACGCAAAGGAUGUCCUCUUAAAUGUGGCUUUAAAAGUAAACCGUUGGCAAAGAUUGAACAAAGUAUUAACGAAGAAAGCAAAUCUCACAGAAACCAAACAAUCUCAAUAUCACAAAGACUCCGUGUUGAAACCAAAUCCUGUAAACCCAGUCGAUAUCAGCUUGUACUGAGGGUGACACUGUUUUCUGUAGAUUCUAGUCAUGGUUUCUUAUACAUUCAUUAAGUUUUGAUUUAUCAGUGAAUUUAUCAUCGUUGGAUCUUUGAAGAGUUUACCUCAACAAUAAUAGUAUCAAAUAAACCGGCAACCAGGCUUGUUGUACUUACCCCCAUAACAAACAGAAAUUACGAUCAGGAUUAAAAUCGACAAUAAAAGUAGUAACUGAACAGAUUCGGUUCACAUCGAACACAUAA